AAAUGCUAGGGUAGUAGGGUACAUCUUAAUAAUAAAAUAUACUAAAAUCUAUCUAAAAUUAAAACAAAUUAUAAAAAAUGUGAGAAAAUCUAAAAAUAUGAAUACAUCCAUUUGACCAUUAUUACUCCAAUUGGAGCCGUCAGACUCUCCGACCUCCGUCCGUUUGUAAUUUCCGAAGGAUUAAUCCGGCCUGAAUCACACCAGUUGUGCCAGAGGAGGAGAGUUUAUGAGCUCGGAAAAAGAACCACCGCGGUGGCGGAGGCUGUCGUGCUCGGCCUGUUUUGACGCACUCUGGUUCUGCUACACACCUGUUCAUCAAAUGCAGCAGUACUAUAGGUUGGGUAAGCUUGAUAACUGUUAUGAUAAAUGGAGUGCUCUUUAUGAUUGCCUGAGACUAAAAACAAAGCGGCAAGCUGAAGUUGAGGAAAUUUUGGAAAAGCGUGAGAAAACCAAACCUCACAUAUGGUCUUUUCGGACACCAGAAGAAUCUUCCUCUCAUUGGCAGAACCUUUAUGGGCAUAUGCAUGAAGACGAGUGAAAUACACAAGUUGGCCAUUUCUUGGUUUUUCAUUUACCAUUCUAAGCUCAAAUAAUCAUGGUAGCUGUUAACUGAAAUGCAACCCGCGGGCAAGAUGCAGUUAAUGGCCAGUGUCUGGUAAGCCUUAGCCAUGUCAUCUGAAUUUUCAUUUUAUUUGAAUACGAAUCACGAAUCGAAUUUAAAAUAUUUGAUUUGUUUACAUCCCUAGGUUGAGGUGAAUGUUUCGGUUUGUGAAAGUUCUAAUGCUUUUUUGAACAAAAAAUUGUUUUAGAGAAUAUUAAACAUUGCUUGUGUUG